CCUCCCGCUCCCUUCUUCUCCGCUGGAAGAAGGUGCAGAGCAUGGAGAAUGAUGAACUUCCGCCAGAGGAUGGGAUGGAUCGGUGUGGGGUUGUACUUGUUAGCAAGUGCUGCAGCUUUUUAUUAUGUCUUUGAAAUCAAUGAAACUUACAACAAACUAGCACUGGAGCACAUUCAGCAACACCCCAAGGAGCCACAAGAAGGAACCACAUGGACUCACUCGUUAAAAGUACGACUGCUAUCCUUGCCUUUUUGGCUGUGGACUAUAAUAUUUUUAAUACCAUAUUUACAAAUGUUCUUGUUCCUCUAUUCCUGUACAAGAGCUGACCCCAAAACUGUCGGAUAUUGCAUCAUUCCUAUCUGCUUGGCUGUUAUUUGCAAUCGUCAUCAGACAUUUGUGAAGGCCUCUAAUCAGAUCAGUAGAUUACAACUGAUUGACACUUAGCUCAAUUUCUAGUUUCUGUAGCUGCUGGGAAGCAAUUGCAUAUGGCUGAUCUAAUCACAAGACUGAAGUUCUGAGUAAAGGCUGAAAAGAGCCUUUUCUAUCAAACUGUUAAGCAAUGAAGAAAGCUACUGUUUUCUAUUUACAGAAAAAAAAAAAGAAAAAAAUGAACUACAGAAGUUUUUAAAUAUUGGUCUAUCAGAAUGGCCAGAGUGGUUGAGCCCUAUGUGACACUUGAUGGAAGUACUCCUCGUUUUGCCUUAAUGAUGCAAAAUCGCAACACUCCAUCUCAAAUGCCCUGUGGGGGAAUAAGUUUCUGGUCCAUGACUUUACCCCUCUGUGCAAAAAAGUGAUUUCCUAUGUUUUCCCUUGAAGUAAAAUCAAUGAAAAGAUAUUUCUUUUGUGGUAAAUGUAAAAGGAAAAAAAAUCAGAACGUGAUUAUAAAAGCUGCACUUAACGUAAUUCUUUGCCUAUUUUUUUUUACAGUAAUUAAUGUCCUACAUCAGUGCUGGGUUU